UGAUCUCAGAGGUCUUUUCCAACCCGAUUGAUUCUAUGAUUCUAUAAAUACUCUUUCAUGUAUUUUUCCAGUUUCCCCUUAAAUUCCUGUGAACAGGUGGCAUCUACAACAUCCUCUUGCAAUGAGUUGCACAACUCUACUAUCUGAUGCAUAAAGAUUGAUGUCCUUUUUUGUUUUUAAUCUGACUUCUACAAAUUCAUUUGAUGGACACAGGGUAGAAUAGUAAAGAGAGUGAACAGUGCAUCCCUCAGGGUUUGCCACUGAGCAGUUUUAAGGUUUUCUGUCAUACCAUCUCUGCCCUCCCUCAGCUCUUCUUCCUGAAUGAAAAGACCUGGCUUGCUUAGGUAUUCCUCAUAUGGCACUAAUGACCAUCAUGACUGCCCAUCUCUGGACUACUAGUUUUGUUAUUUUCUUUUAAGAUGGUGGAGUGACCAGAGCCACAUUCAGCUUUAUCACAGCAGCUUUAGUAUUUUCAUUUAGUGACUCAUAAAAGUAAAAGGUGAAGCAAGAUUUAUAAGUACUCCUUCCUUCUUCCCGAGAAGGAAGAAUAGCAUUGAAGAUGCCAAGUUCAUUGUCUCUAACAUCAGAUACUGUCUUUACUGUCUGAAGAAAAAAGCAAUUCUCAACCAUUUCUAUACUUCUUUCCCAAUUUUCAUGUUCUGUUGAAAGAACCUGGGAACAGCAUGUGCGACAGAAAUACCUCGUGGAGAUAAAUUCAUUAGAAAUAUAGUGAUAAAUAAUUUCUAUAAAAUGCAACCAUUAGGAUAAACUCCCAUGUUCUUGUUAAAAAGAUUGAAAAAAACAGUAAUUAGGGGAUAACAAGUAGCAAAAUUCCAUUUCUGAAAUGCUGCAAAUCAUUAAGGGUGUUAUCUCUUGCCUUGAAGGCAGCUUAGUAUGUGCAAAGGCUGAUUCACCAUAAAAUACACAUGUGCCUACACGGUCUUUUUUCUCUCUACAGAAAGUUUCAGAAAUGCAACCAGAUCAGAAUAAACAGCAAUUCAGACCUUAAAACUACAUAACAUAAGCAAGGCAGAAGAAAACUGAUGCAAAUGUUGCUGUGGCAGUUGCUUGAUUUCCACGUGUUUAAACUGAAAAGUUUGUCAACAUUUGUUAAGAAUCACUUCAAAGAAACAAUAAGAGGAGCAAGCAAAAGAAAAAAAAGUGUAUCAAAAAUCACGGGACAGACAAUGUGACCUUAAAAGUAGCUGAAGGAUAGUGGAACCAGUGCUGCAGAAGACAUAAUUCCUCUGAAGGAUUCAUUGAGCUUCAGUACCAUUAGUUCCAUUUACACAGUCACUUCUUCCACAAAAAGGCACAAAACCUCAAACAUUUCUGAAGCCAUUGUUUUAACUUGACAGUCAAAUAGCAAAAGAAGAAUCUCUUCUCAACCUAUUCCAAAGGCAAUAUAAAAAUGUCAAGCAUGAUAAAGAAGCACAGUUAGUCAAAGUCCUUAGAUUAUUAAAAGAUACAUCCCCAGUCACUGAGAAACUUUCCCACUUUAUACUCAUACAGAUUUACCCCAUCACCAUCCAGCUUAUUUUAGAUACAAAUACCUGAACAGUUGGGAAGACCACCAGUGCCAGGAAAUGACAGCCCGAGGGUGGAUCCCCUUCUCUGCCGUGCAGCAAGAAGCUGCACAACCAUCUGCUUUUAAGUCUUUUCUAGACUCCAGGGGAGGAGCUUGCACCCAAAAAAGGGCAGGACCGAGGCACACAGCAUGCCCGAAGGCAGAUAGAAACAUCAUGUGUUAGAUGUGACGCAUGGAAUUUGGCAGAAAAAUAAGGAAGGCACACCUCAUUAAUCCCAGUGAUUUAAAACACACAGGUUGGCAUGCCCAUGACAGAAGUUGUAGCACUUUCAAUACAUGGAGGCCCACAACCUCGCUGACAGAAAAGCCUGCCUUUUUUAAGAACUGUAUCCAGAAGUACAGCACUCACACCUCGGCUGCAGAGUUUUAUACAGUUCUGAAAAUGCUCAUGUAGGAGACCAUCACCUGAUUUGAUUAAAACAUUGCAUUUGGUUAUUAGGCCAGUUGCAAUUUCUGCAAGCUGAAAGACAUAGCAUUUCAUGAACUACACACUGUGGUUACGUAUCCUGAUUUCAUGUGAGCUACCACGUUAUGCUCCUGGUGACCAGAUGCUAUCAGUAACCUAAAAACAUCAGUGUAUUUUGUAACUGCAUUUGUAAUACUAAGAAGAUUGGUUUCCUCCCCACCUUUUUCUUUUUAAUGUUACUCUACCAAGAGUAUCAGUGACAAUAAUAAUAAAAUAAAAAUAUUCACAAACAGUGAUAAAAACUAAGGAACCUGAGUGCCAAAAUGGGUUCUGAUGCUUAACUUGGACAUGUAGGCUGGACUGCUUUGUGGUUUUCACACUAUUCUUAAUUCUUAUACAUUUCUCUUCAUCAUAUCUAGGAAACUGAAAAAUCUACGGUGUUAAGAGAAAAGCCUACCUUUUGACCAGCCAGUCAUUAAGCACUGCUCCUUUCCCAAACAAGGGCUGCAGUCUUCUACUUAUUUCUGAUUUCUGCUUUCCUGGAGAACCUUAAAUCAACCCUUGUGGCUGCAGGCUCUGCAGUGAGGUCUGGUCCCAUGCUCUGCAGCUGCCACUUCUAAAAGGCAAAAGUACAAACUCACAGUACUUUUACGUUGUAACUCACAGGUUUUAUAGUCUAUUCUGCGUUGCAAGGGACCCACAUGGAUCAAGUCCAACUCUUUAAGUGAAUGGCCCAUAUGGGGAUCAAACCCACAACCUUGGUGUUAUUAGCACCGUGCUCUAACCAACUGAGCUAUGGAGUACAAUGAGGGACACUUAUGCUUUGAAGGUGCACGAUUUAAAGCAUCUUAUAUUGGCUAGUCCUGACCUGUGCUGCUGUGCUCAAUACUGCUUCUCCAUAUGAUAUAUCUAGUAGCAGAGGUAUUUGAUUAUAAGUUACAAUUUGUAAUAAAGCACAUAAUACGCUUUAUUUACUCCUACCUCAAAUUGUGCCAACAAAAUAAUCUGACACCCGAUGUUAAUGUUACAAAAGCCAGCUGUUAUAAACAUCAGGUUCACUAAUAAUAUUCCUAAAAGUAAUAAAAUACUACUGGAAACAAUUAUUUCCUAACUAAGGCUGAAAAUAAAAAAAGGUUAAGAAUAAGAUUUUGAAAGUAUAGCAUUAAUCAAAUAGCAGGCUAUUUCCUUAAAAAUAAUGAAAUUAAGAAUUGUAUGUGUUACUUGGUUUUGUUUGCCUUCUAAUUCUUUGUGUCAAAGGACUAGAAAAUUUAUUGGGUUUCAUAUAAAAAAUGAAAAUUUUUACAAAUUAAGUAGUUCCAGGAGAUGCCACUUUUAUCCAAAAUUAUGCUUGGCCUUUCCAAGGCUGAAGGUAAAAAAGGGCUUCACAGAACUGAUCUGUCAAAUCAGCACUAGUAUACAGAGUAGAGUAGACUAGACUGUUUCAGUUGGAAGGGACUUAAAAUGGUCACCUCAUCCAACUGCCUGACCAAUUCAGGGCUGACCAAGUUAAAGCACGUUAUUAGGGAUUGUCCCAAACCCUGUUAAACACUGACAGUCUGGGGGCAUCAACCAUCCUUCUAGGAAGCCUGUACAAUCUAAACCUCCCCUGGCACAGCUUUGAACCAUUCCCAAACGUCCUGUCACUGGAUACCAGAGACCAGAGCUCAGCACCUCCCUCUCUACUUCCCCUCCUCAGGAAGCUGUAGAAAGCAAUGAGGCCUCUUAGCCUCCUUUUCUCCAAAGCAGACAAGCCCAAAGUCCUUUUUAUGGAAAUAACAUCAGCUGGGUUCCAGUCAAACUCUCCAGACUCUCAAGACUUUUGGCAGACCAAGAGGGGUCUUGCUAUAACAUCCAUUAGCUCCUUCAGUACUCCAGGAUGAAUCUUUUCAGACUCUAUGGAAUUCAUGGUUAGAAGGCCAUGGUUAGUAAGCUGAUACAUCUGGUCCCCUACAAUUUCAGUGUCCACAAAUGGAAAGUCACUGAUUCCACACUCACGGAACUCAUGCUCCUCUAACUCAGGCAGCCCAAGGUCUAUCAGUAUUCUUAAAUACCAAGGAAAAAAGGCAUUGAAUGCCUCUGCUUUUUCUUCAUCCCUGUUAAUCAGAUGACAAUCUUCAACAAGCAUUGGUCCAACGUUUUCUUUAGACCUCCUCUUGUAAUCAAUGUACUUGAAAAAGCUUUUCUGGUUAUCUGAACUGGCCAUUUUCAACUCUAAGUGAGCUUUGGCCUUUUGUGUCUUCUCCCUGCUUACACAGAUCACAGUCCUAUACUGCUCCUGCAAAGCCUGACCCCACUUCCAGGAUCACACAAUUUCUUUUUCCUUUUUUCUUUUUCUUUUUCCUGUGUUUCCAAAAUGUGGUUCUUAAAGACUGACCAUUACUUGUGGGCUCCUAAGCCCUAAAAACAAGAUUUCCAGGGUAUUCCCAUUGACUGUUUCCACUAGCAUUACCAUCCUCAGAUGAUGCCAUGCCAACCUUCACCUUCCCUGCUGUAAUCCCGUUGUUAUUUCCUUCCCCCCAUCAAUUCUACUUUAAAGCUCUCUUGAUCCAUCCCCCCAGCUUAUGCCCAAAGACACAUCUCCCCAUCAGGACAGGUGGAUCCCACCAGGCCCCAGCAUACCUUGCCUCUUGAAUGUUCUUCCCUGGUUUAAAACCCAAAGUUAUGGUGAAGGCCGUAGUCCUGGAGUCAGGUAUUGAUAUUCUGGGCUCACCUGUUUCUUCCAAAGUCUCCUUCCAUUACUGGGAGGACUGAGGAAAACAUUACCUGUGCUCUGGAAUUUUUUAGCAUUCUUUCCAGGGCUCUUUUUAUCGUGACACCAUUUGUAUGCAUGUGAAAGAGCAGGAAUAAAUAAUAGUAUGAAGGUUGUAUUAGGCUGUUCAGUUUUGUGGUGACAUCCCCAAUUUGGGUCCCAGGGAAGCAGCAAACUUCUCUGAAAAGAGGGUCUGGUCUGCAAAUGAGUGCUUCCAUUCCAUACAGAGGGAGUCACCAGUGCCCAUAACUCACCAUUGUUUCUUCCUGACGCACGUCUUAAUGCAAGUUUUGUUGCAAGAGGUUGAUCUCUCUGACCUUGGCAAGACUUUGUACAAGGGCCUUGUACCUGUUCUGUCAGGGUAUCUUAGAGGGCAACUUGAAGGGUAAGGAGGGGUUUCUUUUACCACUCUGUCCUGUAACAUUGUUCCAGCCCUCCUUCCUUCUGGUACAAAGCAGAUCCAGAACCUACCUCCGUAGUGGCCAUGCCAACUUGGCUUCCAUGUGUCACAGAUGGCAGACUAUGGCUCCACUGAUUAAUCUCCCUCUCAGACUCUUGAAUGCUCCUCAGAAGUUCCUCAUUUAAAGCUUUCUUAGCUGUUGUUUUAUGGCAAUUUUCAGUCUCUUUUGGACUACAAUAGAAAUACAAAUGGAUGUAAUAGUAAGUCAGAAAAGUAUAACUCUUUCAGAAAUCAUAAAGAAAAGUGCAAGAGUAGAUUUUUAUCCAGUAGGUAUUAAUGCCGAAAACUCACCAAGGUAAUUUUUGUUUAAGAACAGAAACAUUGCUUGGGGAGUUGCAAUUCACCAAUAGUGAUUUAAUGAGACUCAUUUUGAGCACAUAACAAAGAAGCAUGUGUUUCUCAGUUGCACACCUAGGAUUUAAAGAACCAUGUUGUGUAUGUUGCUUAAUAAAAGUUGACAUCUAUUACUGACAGUUGUGAAACACAUUGGAUUAUAUGUACUGUGAGAAAUGUAAUUUGUUUUCUCCUCAGUGAUUAUUUAUUGUCUUUCAUUAUUUAUUAUUAUUUUAACAAAUCUGCACAGCUUUAGCACCUUUACUGCAACUAUACUUCAUUUUCUAGUCAAUCAACUUCAAAGGAUAAAAGGAUGCACUUAGAUCUUUCUCUUAAAAAUUACCAUUAGCUGCUUAUAUGAAGAGACAUGAAAUUAAGCAGAUCUCAUGCCAUCCAAAGGAAAGCAGGAGUAACCGUCAUCUCUAUGAAAGUCUUGAGACGGAGACAGUCAAAUGAAUCCCAACUUAUUACUCUUCAGUAUGACCUCAGAGGAUUAUACACAAGCAAUAGAAGCCAUGCAGAUGAAAUAUGGAGGGAACAGUGGAUUUUGCAGAAGAGAAGACUCAAUUUAGAGAUGCAUUAAUAGGAUCUCCUGGAGAUAUUUGGAAACAUGAGUGACACUAGAGUAUUGAAGAGAUCUCACUUGGAAUUCUGCCUAUAGUGUUGUUAAGUUUCUUCAAGAAAGGUGAGUUCAAACCAGAUCUGAUGCAAGGUGUGGCUAGAAAAGAGAACUUAUGAAAGAGAAUACAUUACCUUUUACAAAUACACUGGAAGAUGAGGCUGAGGGAAGCGAGGACAUUCCAAAAAAUGGUUAUUGUUCAUGUUCUAGCCAUGGCUAGAAAUAAAAUUUUUAACCAUUGUACCCAUCAGACUCUGGAACAGCUCCAGAAAAGCUGCCUGCUUUAAGGUGGACAUUCAGGUUAUACAGUGGUUCUAGAACAUGUAUAUGUCAUGGCUUGGUGAAUACUUCCAGCGCCAUGCACCUAUUAGUUUAAUGCAGGACUGAGUCUGUAUGUGUGUGAAGAAAGCCAGCUAGUUGCAAUGCUGCAAAAUAGUCUUGCUAAUAGAGAACUCAUUUAAUUUAACAAAUACAGAGGCCUUUGUAUUAUUGUAUGCAAUACACAGAACAUGCACUGAGGUCAGUCUGCUAAGGUCUGCUGACCAAGAAAGAAAAUAAAAUUCAAAGGUAGUCAGAGAAAACAGGAAGCCUGGAGGGACUAGAAUACAGUAGAAAAUCUGACUUUCAGUCUUCCAAAGAGAAAUAAAGUGUGAAAGUUACAUAAAAAUAGUCAGUUUAUAUACAGGCCUGGCCAUAGGAAAUAACAGAAAACAGAGUGGAAAUCUCUGCUGCUGUCUCAGUAGAAGAGAAACAUGUGCUGACCUACUAUGUGCAUCAUAGUAACUGACAACUGCUUCAAUGGUACAACCAAAAAAAUUGCUUCUUAGAAAGAACAAAACUCUACCAAGACCAAUUUGCCCCUGUUUCUGCCAUGUGGUCAGUUGCAGACACAGAAAUGCACCAUGGCAGGAUCCCAGUUUCCUAGAGGAGAACUGCCUAGUCUUUCUCCUUGCAGCAAACUCUAUAACCAGGGGAAUAGUGUCUGAGUUCAAAAAGUCAGAUUUUAUAAGAAUCAAAAUGCAAACAAUGAACCUUCAAAUAAAUUUGGGCAGGAAACAGACUCUCUCAUACUCUUAGUUGCUCAGCCCACAUUGCAGUCUUUAAACUUCAACCUAAGGGGGCUCAGAUGCUCCCUGUCUAGGCACUCUGCAGAAGUCACAAUUAAUGUAGAGUGCGACAGUGUUAGCAAUGCAAACUGCUGGUCAAUCACAACUUCCCGUAGGAACAGGGUCAGGCAUAUAAAAUGAUAAAAAACAAAAAACUCCAUAUACUAUUGGCUCAGAUACAUCACACAGCUUAGAACCCAAAUUUUAGUCUCUAAUUUUGGAGACUCAUUUACAGCUUUAGGACAAAGCUCACUCUACAGAGAUUCUUUCAAUCAGAAAAGACACCUAAAACACUCAAGGCAGGGAUGCAAAUUUCAGUACCUAGAACAAGAGCAUGUGACAUGGUCAGUUGUACAAACACUGCCUCCUUCUCUCUCUGUCUGUCUGUAAAACAGAGUCACAUAAGCUGUCAACAUUCAGUUAGCCACUGAAAGUGAAUAGCAGUGCUAAUUUGAUGAGAACGUGUGUGUCAUUCAGAGUUUGACCCACUCUAUCUGCCACAUAAAUUAGGGCAAAAAAUGGGUUUAUCCCAUUUACUUCCACCACCAUGCACAAAAGUAUGUCCUGGAAAAAAGGGGGAGGAUGACCAUAAGCAACUGAACAGUGCAUUGUAUCUUCGCAUGCUCUAAACCAGACAAGGCUUGUUUUCCUUUCCUUCACAGGUGCAGAUGUUGUCCCUGUCAGCAACUCUUGAUGCCAAACUGACAAGAAUCUGGAGAACUUGCAGAACUGCUACUCUGGAGAAACAGCAGCUUCAGCAGGAAAUCCCUCCAUCUCCCACCAGUGCUGCUCUUGGCUCCUGGACUGCAAAUGAUCUGCAUCAUGGAAAAGCAAGUGCUUGAAUCCACAGAGGAGCGGACGUUUCAGUACCAAGAUUCUCUGCCAUCACUGCCAGUACCUCCUCUUGAUGAAUCUUUAAGUAAAUACCUCGAUGCAGUGAAGCCAUUUCUAAAUCAAGAGGAAUAUCAAAGAACUGAGGAUAUAGUUAAAAAAUUUGAAAAUGGCAUUGGGAAAGAGUUGCAUCAGAAAUUACUGGAAAGAGCUAAAAUGAGAAGGAAUUGGCUGGAGGACUGGUGGCUGAAUGUGGCUUAUCUUGAUCUUCGCAUCUCAACACAAAUACACUGUAAUAUGGGAGGCCCUGGUCCCUAUAUUGAACACUGCUGGCCACCAAAAGAGGGCACUCAGAUAGAAAGAGCAUGUGUAAAUAUAUGGCACACCCUGAAAUACUGGGAUCUGUUACGAGCAGAGAAGGUGACCAUAGAGAGAUCUGGGAAUACUGUUCUGGACAUGAACCAAUUUCGAAUGCUCUUCUGCACUUGCAAAAUUCCUGGGGUUACCAGAGACUCGAUCGGCACUUAUUUUAAAACUGAGGCUGAAGGUGAAUGCCCAUCUCACUUAAUAGUUCUGUGUCGAGGUCGAGUGUUUGCAUUUGAUGCUAUGCAUGAAGGCAGUAUGGUGACUCCUCCAGAGAUAUUCAGGCAACUUACAUAUAUUCAGAAAAGAUGCCAUAGUGAGCCAGAUGGACCAGGACUGGCAGCCCUAACAAGCAAUGAAAGGACAAAAUGGGCAGAGUUACGGGAAUAUUUGAUUGAUCUUGAUCCAAAGAACUUAACUCUUCUGGAAAAAAUUCAGAGAAGUUUGUUUGUGGUCUGCCUUGAUGAUUCUAGUCCCCAUGCAACUCCUGAGGACUAUACUGAGCUUACAAGGCUGGGACUAACAGGUGAUCCGACUGUGCGCUGGGGAGAUAAAUCCUACAAUAGCAUAUUCUUUUCCAAUGGAACCUGCAGCGCGUUCUGUGAUCAUUCUCCUUUUGAUGCCAUGGCUUUAAUUACCAUGUUAGCUUAUGCCGAAAAGAAGAUUAUUGAAAAUGAGGGAAAAUGGAAGGGAUCAGAUAAUGUGAGGGACAUUCCAUGGCCAGAGGAACUUGUAUUCACAGUGGAUCCAAAAAUUAUAAAUGAAAUUGGACGUACUAAAGAACUGUACUACAAGCAGGUAUCUGACUUGCAGCUGGUGUCUUAUGCCUUCACAUCGUUCGGCAAAGCAUUGCUUAGGAAGAAGAAACUUCAUCCUGAUACAUUUGUGCAGCUUGCCCUUCAGCUUGCUUAUUACAAAUGCCACGGACGUCCGGGCUGCUGUUACGAAACUGCCAUGACCAGGCGUUUCUAUCAUGGCCGCACAGAGACCAUAAGACCGUGUACUAUGGAAGCAGUGGAAUGGUGCAAGUCCAUGCUGGAUCCUUCUGACAGUACUUAUCAACGACUACAGCUGAUGCAUAAGGCAUUUGCAAAGCACAAUAAAAUGAGGAAAGAAUGUGAGAAUGGAAGAGGCUUUGAUCGUCAUCUUCUGGGUCUCCUGCUCAUAGCACAGGAGCAAGGACUGCCAGUGCCAGAACUGUAUGGGGAUAAGGCCUUCACAGCUAGUGGAGGAGGUGGGAAUUUUGUCCUUUCAACUAGUCUGACUGGCUACACUCGGUUUAGUGGAUCUGCACUCCCUAUGGUACAACAUGGCUAUGGCUUUUUUUAUUCAAUCAGAGAUGACAGGAUUGUUGCAACCUGUUCUUCUUGGAAAUCAUGUCCAGAGACUGAUGCAGAAGUGCUGUGUAGAACUAUGUUCCAGUGUUUUCAUGACAUGCUACAGUUAACAGUCACAGCUCAACUGUAAGCUUGAUAAUGAUGUAAAAGGCUUUGCAAGGUCACGAGUUAUAGGUAGUAAUUAAAAAUGAAAUGCUAUUCAAGAGUACUGUUACAUUCAAGACAUUUAAUGAUCUAUGUGAAGUCUUACCUACUUUUAUGUGAUUUACUGUGGUAACAGUACCCCUUGAAGAGUAAUGUAGCCAUUUGCAGCAGCAAUGCAAGCAGUAGUACCUUAUCUGUGUAGAACUAUGCAAUAUUAAAAUAUGCCUCAACAAUGCAAAUGUACUUCGAGACAAGAUGUUGGAGUGGAGAACUGAUGGGAGACUUGUAUUUAUGAUCUCAGUAGUAGCAUGUAGAAAUGUAGAAUAGUUUGUAGCCUACUGAUACUGUUUAUGCCAGUGGAGCACUUAACUGUGUACUUAAGAGUAACCACACUACCCUCUUAGGUGAUUAUGCUUCCUGUUCACAGUGGUUUGUGAAACAGAAGGGCUGCCUCUAUUAGGUUAUAUGGUAUAAGUUAUCUUUCAUUUUUGCUAUCAGGAUUAUACCAAAUAAAUCUUGUAUCCAUUAAUGGGGAUGUUCCCACUACAUUUGUAGUAUGAGAACACUACAAUCUGAAGUAUUUUGAAAAAGAAUUACUCAAUAAAGACAGAAAGCAGCAUGGGUUUCAAAUUUCUUAGUUUUCAUCUUCUAGUGAACUGUGAAUAUCUGCUGCUUUACACUAAUAGUACACAAUAAAAAUAAGCACUGAAUUGUUUGAUAUGGUUCUCAGGAUUUUAAUACUUGAUUCCUCUGAGCAGCUUUGUAUUUUCCUAUCAUAGAAAUAAAAUUCUUCUAAAAAUCAA